AUGAGUCUCAAGCUGGGCAAUUUCCUUUGUCCCUUCAAGGGCAAGGGGGACGAUUUCAAUGCAUUUCUCUCGAAAUUUGGUGUGUUGGCCAAAAUAUCAAAAUGGACGUCGGACGACGACAAGAUGAAACACCUUCCGCUCUUUCUGGACGGCGACGCUUUUCUUGUGUAUGAUCGAUUGUCGGACACCGACAAGGCAGAUCCGGAUGUCGUGUUCUGCAAGUUGUCAUCUGCGUUCGCCGUGAUGAAGUCGCAGGCAUACGGCCUGUUUGUACAGCGUAAGCUGAAACCCGAUGAGUCGGUGGACGCGUACGUCUCCGAUCUGCAGCGGUUGCUGGGCCUGUCUGGUCACAGCGCGACUGAUGAUGCGGAUACUGUCGUGAUAGAACAGUUCAUCAGUGGGUUACCCGUAGAAUUUAUCCAGCCCCUGCGCAUGGCCACUGCUGGGAAAAAAUUGAAAGUGUCCGAGUGCGUGGAGCAGGUACGUGCUCUACAAGCUACGCAUGCUGAUUGUAUACGCAGUCCGAUGGUGGUCGCCAGUGCUGCAACUGGAGGUACUGGAGGUGCGUCCCGCAGCGUAUUUUGCCACCAGUGCCACGAGCCUGGACAUAUUCACCGGAACUGUCCUCGCCGAAAGAGGCACCAUGAUCCUUAUGGCGGUGGAGAACGAACAUGCUUCUUCUUCGACAAGCCUGGCCAUGUCAAGUCUGCGUGCCCGGAGCGCAAAGCUUGGAUGGCGGCCUCCGCUGGCAAAUCUGCUGCCAGGGUGUCAAAAGCUGACAAGAAAGCCCCAGUCCUGUGCAUUUCAAGUGCCUCUGGUCCUGGCACCCUCCCGAGAAUGCAUGCGGACGUACGUUGUUGUGGUGUCAAUUGUAACUGGGACCGUGUCACUGCUGUUAUUGACACUGGGUCAACCCAUACACUGAUCUCUGCUAGCUGCACCUCAGUACUGCCGGCCAACUGCCCGGUCGAUCGCACGUCGAAUGUGCUCGUUGCCUUGGAUGGCCAACUAUUGCCUGUCGUUGGGACUGUUCGCCUGAUGCUGAAACGUACUGACGGCCCAGUCCGUCUCUCACCAAUCGAGGUUACAGCCACUGUCGUCAAGAGUUUGGAUGCUGUGGAUGCCUCCGUGCUCAUCGGGACAGACAUCAUUGCUGCAGCUGGUGGUCUCAGCCUACACUCUGAUGGUGAUGACACUGUGUUGCAUACGGAUGAUGGUGAGGCCAGAUGGCGUGCGGACAAGCAGUACUGGGAGGUGAAAUGGUCCUGGAAAGAUGUUGUUGCACCCAGCGAGCCUGUCGGCCAUGGCAUCGGCGAGUAUUCUCGCUCCAAGCUGACACCAGACCAAGAGGGUCUUUUCCAGGCCGAGGUUCAGAAGUGGCUGGAUAGUGAUUUCCUCGUUCCCCAUGACCGGGAACUUCAUGGUGACCCUGUGGCUGUUCUACCCUUGCUGGCUCAAGUACAGGAGCACAAGGGCACCACACCGGUCAGACCGUGUCUGGACUAUCGUUUCCUGAACCGCCGUCUUACUUCGCAGCCUGGUGGCGAUGCUCCUGUGUGUGAGAAGGCCCUCCGACGCUGGCGAAGUGAUGGCCGCCCUGAAGAGUACUGUUUGCUUGAUAUCCGCAAGGCGUAUCUACAAGUUCGUGUCGCUCCGGACUUGCUGAAGUUCCAGACAGUGAUGUGGAACGGCCGUGUCUACACUAUGACUCGGAUGGGCUUUGGCCUCAAUGUCGCUCCGAGGCUGCUGACGAUGAUUGUCCAAUGGGUCACGCGCGACUUUGCAGGCGUCGAUAGUUACAUCGACGAUACCCGCACGCCCAUUGCAUGCCGUGAUGCACUCGCUACUCGUUUAGCCGAAUUUGGUCUCCCGACGAAACCUGCCGAGCCACUCAUCACUGCUCGUGUUCUUGGUCUGCAGCUGGCUCAGGACGACGAUGGCAUCGUUAACUGGUCGCGCCGCGCUGGUGUCGGUCUACAGCUGCCUCGGCCUGCUACCAAGCGCUCGUUAUUUAGCUGGUGUGGUCGUUUGACGGGGCAUGUUCCUAUCUGUAACUGGCUCCGUCCCACUUGCAGCUUCUUCAAGCGACUGAUUGGUGCGAGCACCGCCUGGGGUGACCCGGCCCCCGAUAAUGUCUUGCGGCUCUGCACGGAGGUUGAAACCAAGCUGCAACAGCACGGUGACCCUGCACGUGGUCGGUGGUGGACGAGCCCUGACGGUGGUUCUGACUGUGCUGUGUAUGUCGAUGCAUCUGUUGUUGGCCUGGGUGUAGUCGUGUCCGUCGAUGGCCAAGUGAUGGAAGAUCGCUCGUGGCUACGUCCGAAAGACGACAAGCGGCAUAUCAAUGUCGUUGAGCUGGAGGCUGCAAUCAAGGGCCUUUCUCUUGCCGUGGCCUGGAAAUUCUCUUCUGUCCGUCUGGUCACCGACUCGAAAACAUAA